AUGGAGACUGCGCCAAGGAAGAUUCUGCAGAACAGGCAAGUGGUAUUUCUUAUUGUUGUUUUACUCUUGUCUGAGGCGGUUUCGGAGCCAGGGAGGUACUCCGUGGCAGAGGAAACGGAGAAUGGUUCCAUUGUGACUAAUAUUGCAAAAACCAUGGGGCUAGAGGUUGGGGAGUUGUCCUCCCGAGGGGCCCGGUUGAUCUCUGAGGAUAAGAUUCAAUAUUUGCAGCUUAAACGUGACACUGGGUUUCUUCUGAUUAAGAAGAAGCUGGACCGGGAGGAGCUGUGUGGCCCUGUCGAGCCUUGUGUGCUACCUUUCCAGAUCUUACUGGAAAAUCCUUUUCAGUUUUUCCGGGCUGAACUGCGAGUAGAAGACAUAAAUGACCAUUCACCCACGUUCCCAGAAUCUGAGAUACUCCUGAAAAUAUCAGAAAGCACUUCGCCAGGGGCUCUGUUUCCACUAAAGAUCGCCCAUGAUUUGGACGUUGGAAUAAACAGUCUCCAGAACUAUACCAUCAACCCCAACCCCUAUUUCCUCCUCCGCACUCACAGCAGUGAUGAAAGAAAAUAUCCGGAGCUGGUGUUAGAUAAAAUGUUGGACAGGGAGGAGCAGCCUGAGAUCACUUUAACUCUCACAGCAGUAGACCGGGAGGUUCCACCCAGAUUCGGGACUGCUCAAGUCCGGAUUCUGGUUGUGGACAUCAAUGACAAUGUCCUAAUCUUCGAUCACGCCCAGUAUAUGGUUCAAAUACCAGAGAACAGCCUGGUGGGCUCUCCAAUUGUAGUGUCUGCUCGAGAUUUAGACACAGGGAUCUACGGAGACAUAUCCUACACUAUAUUCCAAGCUUCAGAUGCAGUUAGUCAAACUUUUGGAGUAGACUCCAUCUCAGGAGUGAUUCGACUCAAAAAACAACUGGACUUCGAGGCAAUUCAGAAAUACGAGGUGGAUAUUGAAGCAAUCGAUGGCGGAGGUCUUUCUGGGAAAUGCACUGUUGUGGUUCAAGUAAUGGAUUUGAAUGACAAUUUUCCAGAACUGACUGUGUCUUCACUUAACAGCAAUAUCCCAGAGAACUCUUCAGAGACUGUAGUCGCUAUUUUCAGCAUCCAAGAUCGAGACUCUGGAGACAACGGAAGGAUAAUGUGUUCUAUCUAGGAAGAUCUCCCUUUCUCCCUGAAACCAACUUUUAAGAACUUUUACACACUGGUCACAGAGGGAGCUCUGGACAGGGAAAGUAGAGCUCAAUAUAACAUUACUGUUACCGUCAGGGAUCUAGGAUCCCCGAUGCUCAAAACCGAGCACUACUUCACGGUAUUCAUCUCCGACGUCAAUGACAAUCCCCCAGUAUUUACCCAGACAGCCUAUAUAUUCUACCUCAGAGAGAACAACAGCCCUGCCCUCCAUUUUGGGAACGUCAGUGCAGAUGACAGGGAUGCAGGAACCAAUGCUAAAGUCACCUAUUCUCUGCAGCCUCCAGAGUCUGAAGACUUGCCCCUCUUCUCCUAUAUCUCCAUCAACUCAGACAAUGGGCAUCUCUAUGUUCUGAGAUCCCUGGAUUAUGAAACUAUCCAAGCCUUUCAGUUCACUGUGAGGGCUGCUGAUGGUGGCACCCCAUCCCUGAGGAGCCAGGCUCUGGUUCAGGUUGUGGUCCUGGAUGAAAAUGAUAAUUCUCCUUUUGUACUCUAUCCUCUGCAGAAUGGCACUGGUCCCUGUAAUGAUCUUGUUCCCAGGGCAGCAGAGCCUGGUUACCUGGUAACCAAGGUGGUGGCUAUAGAUAGAGACUCAGGACAAAAUUCCUGGCUUUCCUACCAGCUGCUCAAGGCCACAGACCCAGGACUCUUCACUGUGUGGGCUCAUAACGGGGAAGUUCGUAUAGGAAAACCCAUCAGGGACAGAGACACGAUCAAGCAGAGGCUUCUGGUUCUGGUGAAGGACAAUGGAAAGCCACCUUUGUCUAUAGCAGCCACACUGAAUGUACUCCUGGUGGACAGAUUCUCUGAGCCACAUGUACAGUUCCCAGACACAAAUAAGGAGCAAAUCCACACUGACUCCCUCACUGUCUAUUUGGUAAUUUCUUUAGUUUAAGUCUCAUUCUUCUUCCUGGUCUCCAUUUUUCUUUUCAUAGCUGUGCAUCUAUGUAAAAAGAAGAGAAAUUUGGGAAGUGGAGUUUGCUUGGAGACCAGUGGUCCCUAUCCAGGCAACUUAGUGGAUAUCAGUGGAGCAGGAACUCUUUUCCAGAGUUAUCAGUAUGAGGUGUAUCCAACCAGUGGCUUAAGGAAUGAAGAAUUCAAGUUCCUGAAGCCUAUCAUUCCCAGCCUCCAAGAUCAGAAUACUGGGAGAGACCUAGAAGAAAUCCCAACCUUUAGGAGUAGCUCUGGCUUCAAUUAG